AUGAUGGAGAAAAAGAGAAAGUAAGUAAAAGGAUUUUUGAGUUGCAUGUGAAAAAGAAUCAGUCAUUUACAAUGUACAUGUAUUUGCAGUACCAGCAAAUAAAAAAGGCAUUCUGAUGAUUUAUGCUCUUAUCAGCGGCCAUCCUGCAGGGGUUGAUCCCGGGGAAUGUGCGGGAAUUUGUGCAAUGAUGUUCACAAAUCUCCCCCACCCAAGAAUUGUAUUUCUCUAUCAAAGAGCUGCCACUUCCCCUCUAACCUUACACAGCAGUUGGUUCAAAUGAAGCGUUACGUUACAAAAUGAAGUAUAUCAAGGGACGUCCAAAUUGAAAUAAAAUUUUAUUCUUGUUUAAUUAAAUUAGUUCUUUAAAAGAGUAGUAAUAUAAGGGUUGAUAAUUAAAAAAGUAAAUUAAGAGAUGAAAUUCAGGUUACUUUGUAUUAACUAAGUUUUAGAGUGGGAAAGGGCUGAUAUUGUAGAAUUUAUUGAAUAUAUUUCUUCUCUGUCAGGUGCUUUACAAAUUCUGCAGGGCAAUUCAAUUCCUUUUCUUGGGGUAAAAAUUAGUAGCAGAUGUCAACAUAUCUUGUAACAUGCCUAUGUAUGUCCCUGGGGUCAAUGACCUGGGAUGGCUGAUAAGCGCAUACAGUCGACUCCUGAUAAUUCGAACCUUCAAGGGAAACAGAAAAAAGUUUGAGUUAUUGGGAGUUCGAGUGAUCGAGGGUUUGAGUUAUUGGGAGUCAACUGUAUUAUAAAAAAAAAGGUAUUUAACAAUUAUUCCUCGAGCCCUAAUGGGCUCUGAGUCUGGCCGAGUGGGUUAUUGACUCAGAGGCCAUGAGGGCGAGAAUAAAAAAAUUUAGCUAGUUAAAGCUAGACUUUAAUCCUUUAUCGCCGCCAAAAAGCAUGCACUUUUUGUUACUUGGGGGCUAUAACAUAUAGCCUAGUCGAAGCUCAACCAAUCAGAACGCAGCAUUGAUAAUAGACUACUAGUUGGAUUUUACUAAUACAGUGAAACCUAUAUUAAGCGGACACCGUAUUAAGUGGACACCCUCUAUUAAGCGGACAGUAGCCGAAGUCCCCAAAUUUGUUUCCCUUAUUUACUUUAAAUGAAACCUUUAUUAAGGGGACACCUCUAUUAAGCAGACGCGGACACCUAAAAAGUACCUAAAAAGGGCCAUUUCUAUUGUUGCCAACCUGUAUUAAACAGACACUUGUAAUUAAAUUCCACCACCCAACAUCCCAGACACCGGAAAUGCGAAAGAUUGCCUCGAAUUGCCACCCACAAAUUUUUCGAUUUUUACAUUAAAAAGCGUGUCUUGACGAACUUAUUUGGUUAGUACAGGAUUAUUUUCUGUUUCGUUUUGUUUGUAUCUGAGCUUGUUUCACUCAUCUGAUUUCUUCAAAUUUGAGUUGCAAUCCAUGUUUAUGGUACUAUGAUCAAUUGGUUCACUUUGAUAACGAAGUUAAUGUAAACGUCUAUCGUCAUAGUCUCUGGGAGUAUUAUAAACGCUUCCACUGUUCAUUUGAAUGGCAUUUGACACCUCAUAUGACGUUAUAUAUCGAAACCUGUAUUAGGCGGACACCCUGUAUUAAGUGGACACUACAGCAUUCCCCGGGGGUGUCCGCUUAAUACAGGUUUCACUGUAAAUACUAUUUGGCAAAAGGUAAAGAGGCACAUUAACCAUGAAACCCAGCAGCCAAAGCUUAAUUCAGUUUCCCCCUUGAUGGUAUGGUAGUCCAUUGCAUUGUUACCCCCAGUUGUUUGUUUUGUUAAAAUCUUUGAUUGAAAUGGUCCAGGCUGUUGAAACAAGGGAUAGCACUGACUGGUUUACGGUCUUUUCCUAUCCAAGUCAAUUUGUACCCUGUUUCUGUCGAUUUGUACUCAGAGUCAUUAAAUCUCACCUAUAAGCCUUCAUGGGGUUUCUUGAGACUUCCUUACCUUUGAGAUUCUUUUUAGCUUCAUUUGAAUUUCAUGUAAUGUAGUUCUUCUUCUUAUUAUUAUUAUUAUUAUUAUUAUUAUUAUUUCCUUUCAUUUUUAUGUAAAAAGGCGUUAAAAAUCAAUGAAUUAUGUAUAGUCAACUGUCUCCUAAUGGACACCUCUAUAAGACGGACACCUCUUUAAGAUGGACACAUGGUGUCAGUCUCUACAGCUGUUUUCCAUUCAUUUUACUGUAACUAUACUCUCUCAAAGAUGUACACCGACACUUUUGAAAUUGUCAAGAGACACUUUAGAAGUGCUUUAUGUAGUACGAUAAUGAGAUAAUACCUCAAAAUGGAAAUUUAGGUGCUCCACAUGACAGAAAACUACAGCUAGGGGAAGCAAAUUACAUAGCCAAAUACAGUACGUCUCCUACAGCUUGUAUGUUGAAACCAUUAUUAUCAUUUCUACGCACCAUGUAGAGAGAAACAAAAACUCUUUUCUAUUACAGUGUUCCAGGUAUUACUGUUGUGCACAAGUAAAACAGAUUUGUAAUCAUUGCAAAUAGGUUCAGCUUUAUUUUCUUUUAAUUACUGGUGUCAUGUUACCUUAACUCUCUACAACCUGGACACGUCUCUAAGGUGGACAAUCUGGAGUGGUCCUGAAGGUGUUCAUCUUAGAGUUGACUAAUAGGUCAACAAGACAAGAUUUAGUAUACUUUCAUAUUUGUAUUCAUUAAUUGUUAACUUAAUCUACAAACAUUACAUAACAACAGCAAAUAUUCAUAUUGAGUUGUAUUUACUCUUUUGUUUUUGUGUUUAUGGGUCGACUUGAAAUGAGUACAACUUGACUAAAAUGUGGGUACGAAUAGACUUGGGUAUGACCCAACCAGUUACCUGCUAUCAACCUUUUGAACAACUAGGGCAUGGAUGAAAAGAGACAAGGUAGAACAAAGUUUCUUGUCUAAGGGAACAACCCAAUAGCAAAGCCUGAACCCAGAUCUUCAGAUCGGAAGUUCAAGUUGUUAAACCACAGGCCCACCAUGCCUCCUCAUGUGAGUGAACUAUCCAAUAAAUUUUAAUGGUCACUCAGCAUCAAAACAGAUUAAAGUGAGGGAGCAAACAGAUCUUUUCUUAGAUGGAUGGAAGUAGGGAAAGGAGCCAGGGAAAGUUUGUGCUCAGGGAUGUGAUGUUAUUGUAUCAGGCAGAAAAGUAAUUUUUAACAUCCAAGGACAAUAGUGUUAAGAAAACAUAUUACUGUUUUUGUUACAGACCACAGGAAGAUCCUCCCAGUGUCCCGAAAGGUAAGAUUUUCUGGGCUGCAACUAAGUACACACUGACUUUAACCCUUUAAACCCUAAGAUCAACAUUUGAGUUCUCAUUUGUUCCCCUGUUCAUUUCCUGUAGAAGUAGUGGGGAGAAGUUGAUAAAAUAUCAAACAAAUUCAUCAUGUCUUAUUGUGUCCGUAAUUCUCAUGACCACUCUGUUUUACAAAGCAUUUCAAGAUAUUACAAGGAGAAAUUUGAUGCUGGUCACCCUUAGGGCUUAAGAGGUUAAGAUGUACAGUGUACUAUCUGAGUGAAAAUGUUUUGCUAUAGUAGGCAGGAUAACUAGAGUAGAAGGCACUAAAGCCUAAACGUUUAUGGUUUUAUCUAGCAUCAUUAAACCUAAAAAUUGUUGAGUAUGCAGCAGGAAGUGGCAAACUAGCCAGCUGGUGGCUCAUUGUGACUGGGCUGAGAGUGGAGGUGUUCAUCUUAAAGGGGGGUCCUUUCACAAAAAAAAUAGUUUUGUGUUAAGAGCUCAUUGUAUGUAGGGAAUUACCUCUGGAGGUCUGUUUACCACAUGCUUAUUUAGAGAUAUAGAUAUAAUAAAAUACACAGUACGUUCUUUUAUUUUCAAUAGAUUUAGCACCAAACCACUGAUUAAGGACACCUUUUUUUAUUUCUGCUACUUAAGUUGGGGCUGCCAUUUUACAUGGUCAUCUAAGCCCUCCAAACUUCUAGCUGUUUGCAAAGCAAAGGCAGUACCUUCAUUGCUUGGUUAUUUUGAGUCCCUGGGUAUUGGCACAGCUUGGGGAUCAAACCAGUAACCUCCUGUUUGGCGGUUGACUAAGAUAGUGCUACCUUAGAUAUUACAUUGAACUUAAAUGCGAUGUUACAUACCAUAUAUAAUCUCUGUUACAAGCCCCCUCCCUUACUUUUAAGCCCUAUUCAUUAUUAAGCCCCCAUUUUGAACAGUCAGCAGACUGUACCAUAAUCUACAAUAAGCUGCCCCCAAACUGAGAGGAUAAUAAUAAUGCAAAAUGUAACAUAACAAUGUGGAAGUACAGAUGAAUCUUGUUUUUAGUGAAUUGUUAUACUUGUUAGACUUACUACAAACAUUUCUCACUGUCUUCCAAUAAAUCUUGUCAAGACUUCAGCCAGUGACUAAAUGCUCUGAAAGUGCUGCACAAGUAUUUUUGGAUAUAGUUUCUAUGAACUCUUGACAUCAUCACUAGUGUUCUUUCUAAGUGAUGGCUGAAAGUACAUGUAUCUCUAGACAGGCAAAAGAUUUCCUCAUGAAGACUUAAAAAUUGUGUUUAUGCAAUUAGUCGGUGGGGAAUUUAACUGCUAGGAAAUUUUUGAUUCUGGCUUUCAUUCUCGUCUUAGUUGGAGAAAUCAUAAUGCAUAGUUUUCCUUUCAAUUUCCCCUAUGUAUGCUUGAAAACAUAGGGAGACUUUGACAUACUGUAUUUCUUCGAUUAAGCGCCCAACCUCAAAUUAGCGCCCACCUUGAAUAAGCACCCAUCCUGUUGGGAGGAAAAUUUGACAAGUGCCCAGCCCCUAACCAGUGCCCACCCCCACACACAAUCCUGCCCCCCAACAACAACUUCAACAGCAAAAAAUAUGAAGUGGACAAGGAAAGUUGGUUGUUAUUUCUUUACUGUCCUACCUGCUUCUCGUCGUGUGACCCAUUUGCAGACGUUAUGCUGUGAGACAUCUAUGAGGCAAUAUCAGAGAGUUCACUUAAUGAUCUUACUGACAAUGAGAUAGAAAUUGACUAAGUGCAGUGCUACUAAGAAACUUGCCCAAAGACCGAGUUAGUAUUUUAAUUUUUUAAAAACACUUUCAAUGAACAGUUAAAAUUCUGCUCUGGCACAUCUUCUUGUUUUGUUAGUAUUCACUGCUUUGCUAGAAAAUUAACUUAGUACUUGCUCAGAAUAAUGAAAAUCUAAUAAUUGUUUAUUGUUUAUUGUUUUGUUUGCCAUAAAUUGUACAAAUCAAAUAAAAUCUAAUUAUUUAAACUCUCAUAGCGAGGAAGCCCAAGAGAAGCCACCGCGCUUAUAAGGAAUGGGCUCCCUCAGUUAGAUAAUUAGAACAAAAUAUUAUCAUAAUUACAAGCACCCACUCUCAAGGCCCAAAGUUUAAUAAGUACCCAGGGCACCUAAUCAAAUAAAUACAGUAAGAUCAGGAGACACUGGGCAUUUCAAUGAUUUAAUUAAUGAUAACAUGUUAUACAAGAACAGAAAUAUCAACCCAUGUAUGGUUGACUUUAUUGUGCUUUUCAAUAAAACACAAGCUCUGGAGUACAAAAGCCAACUAACUUUUAUGUUCUUAGCUGCUGUCAAUCAUCUUAGCAAACCUCUCAGGAAACAGGACUCUACUUCUGACGAGUUCAAAAGUUCAUGGCUUAUCAAAUUUCAGAGUUUGUGUGUUAUUGAAAAGAGCAGUAAUGGAAAACUUUGCUUUCAUUUUGCUUCCCAUCAAGAAGUGUAAACUUAUGAUGGAAAACUUUGCUUUCAUUUUGCUUCCCAUUAAGAAGUGUUAACUUAUGAAGGAAAACUUUGCUUUCAUUUUGCUUCACAUUAAGAAGUGUUAACUUAUUCUUAUAUCUGGUGAUGCAGCGCUGUCACCAGGAUUUUAAGGAGCCAUCUAAAUACCUCAAGUUAAGUAGGCAGGGAAUCAAACUGCUAGGGAUCCCUUUUUCUAUUUUCCUUCUAUUAUCCUAUGAAAUAGCUCAGGGAAACCCCUUGCUCCCGGCCUUUAAUGACAACUCUGGUAAUGUAUAACACUUCAUUUAGAAAUAAGUGUCAACAGCACUUCUUGAUCUAACAUUCUGCCAAAAACAGGUUUAUCUCUAGUGUGUGUAAUAGCUAUCCUUAAGUCAAAGAAAAAAUAUUUUUGAAUAUUGUUUUCACUCCAAACAGUACCCAAAAUUCAAGAAAUGUUCUACAUUUCAUGUAUAACAAGCUGAAAAAAAAAACACCAUGCAAAAGAACUGCGAAACAGGUUUAAAUUGCUGUAACUGUAGGAAGGUAGACUACUUGAAAAUUAAUAAAAUGUUUCCAUUUUGACUUCCUGUUCACAGGGAAAAAGCCAAGGCUAGUAAUCCAACUUUCAAAGCUUACCGAGGAGCAGGUAAAGAAGUUACAAAGAAAAAACCUGUCUACCAAGGAGAAAAAUGCAGAAAGCAAGCAGAAAACGGAAAGUGAGGCUAACUCUAACGUCAACCACAAUAAAGUAUUUGACUCAUCUUCCCAAAUAGUAAGGGAAAGCCCUGUGCGACACAGGCUAUCCAACCUUCUUGAUGGAUCAGAGCUCAGCCCAGAUAAUGACCUUGCAGUAGUCCCUACAUUUUGUGAUGAAAAUACAUGUACUACCAAAAUUGAUUCUAAUGAAAAUCAGUUAAAGCCACCAAAAAACCCAGACUCAGUGAAGGCCUGCUUGUUUAAUCCAAUCGCAAUAGCAGCUGAUGACAACUCAGCAGGUCUUACACAGGAUGAGCAAUGUAUAACUGUACCUUGUUACCCUGAGAUUGUUACCAAGACUUGCCUACAGGUAGAUGAGACUAAAUCUGGCAGCAACAGUCUGGCAGCUGAUGGUGUUUUCUCAACUGUAAAGACAAUUACAGGUGUUAAUCAGUGUCAUGGUCAAAUACAGUCAUCAAAGUAUAAUACUAUUGCAAGUCUUUCAGAACAAGAUAGUCAGCCUAAAUCUUCAGUUAAUGAUGCAGCAACAGAUGUUUCAAGUGGUAAUUCUGAUUUACCCAGUCACAAUGUGGUGUCGGAAAGUGAAGAAGCUGUGCCAUUAAGUGGUGAAAUGAAAGUCGAUCAUGAGGCUGCUGGAGACUCUGGGUGUUCUAGUGGAGAUAACUCAAUUGAUUAUGCAAGUGGAUACAGUACACUGGAGGUUUGUUAGGUCUUUGCUUUUCAUUAGUUUAUAAAGCUGAUUAGAAAAAAAAAAGGAUUUUUUAUGAGUCCAAGAGGCCUUUUAUCCAAUCUCAUUGGACGUUGUACUUCCAAACCUUCCAACAGUUAAGUGCUGGCCAUAAGUAAUUGUUUUUUUUUAUUAUUAUUUAAUCUUGUAAUGAUAAUAAAAAAAAAACAAUCAAGGCUGUGCUCUAAGGAAAAUUGAAGGGAGCCCAGUGCUCUAAACCUGUAAAAUCUAGGGUGGCCAGCAUAUCAUUUGAAUGAAAAAAAGUAAGAUUUCGUAAUCACCCGCCAGGGGCCACCAGGCCCUGCUAGAGCACAGCCCUGAAAAUAUUUUGCUCAACCAACUGUACCUGGUUAAAGUAAUGCCAAGAAGGAUUAAUGCAUUACAGUUCAUGAUUCAUCAUUCACUCUGGAAAGGAACGGGUCAAUCAGGCGCACUUGAAGGGAAUAACACGUUUUUGGUAGUUGCCAAGUAAUGUUCUGCUUUGCAAUGAUGGAAAUUGUAGGUUGUGAACUCCUUGCUAUCAGACCUUAAUGAAGAAAGAAACAAGCGGAUAGAACUAGAUGAAAGGAUUAUAAGUAUGGAAACGACUAAUCAAAAGCUGGUGUCAGAGUGUGAAAAACUGAAAGAUAUGGUGAAUGACUUACUCCAUUCAUCUAAGGUAAUACACCACUGAAAUGUUGUUGAUAGUGCAGUAAUAGCCUAUACAAUGUAAAAUGUUUGGAGGAACUCAUUUCCUUUUGAGGUAUUUCACGAAGGAACGGAAAGGAUUGUCCCAUGUCAUUCCAAAAAGUCUCAUGUUUAUAUGAGAAGGUGGGCUGUGCCGGUUUCCAAGAUCUUACGUCAAGCAACUGAGCAGGGCAGCCUGCCUUCUUACAUGAAAGCAACAGAUUUUUAUGAGAAAAUAACACAUAAGCUGAGCCAGCCUGGCUAACCAGGCUUACGCCUCACAUAAACAGGCUCUCAUUUGUGCUACACCUUGUGGUUUUUAUAUUUUCUUCACUGUCUGACAGUUGCAGUUGGAGUAAGGUAGUAAAUUUAAACUUUAUCAUUAUAAUCUUCGUUGUUAUUAUUGUUGUUUUUGUUUUUUUUUCAACCCAUUAAGUAUAUUAAUCUAAUCUGAAAGGAAUCAUACUUAUUUACAUUAAAGUUAUCACUCAAUUUAGUAAACUAUCCACAAAUACCACCCAAAACGUCCCUGAAAUUUGACAAUGAAACAUCAGUCUUCAGUCUUGUGACCUGAUUAUUUUAUUGCUGAAACUUGUUUUAUUAUUCACUCUAGAAUAAGGCUGCCCAUAUGGAAAUGCAUGGUUAUUGUGUAUAUCAAAUAUUCAUGGCAAUUACCAAAACUGAAUUAUCGUUUUUUACUAAUAAAAUGAUAAAUGUAUCUGCAUUGUAAAAAUGUGAAUGGUCCGUGUGUCACUGUUUUUCUGGUCUUGGCGUGUUUUUGUUCAAGUCAAAGUUAGGCACCAUACCGUUAUAAAAGUACCCCACAGUUCACAUCUCCAGCUCAUAAUAUUAAUAAAUCUGGUUUCAGGUGAACGCUAAAACAGUUUCCAGAGGAACACAGAUAAAUAUGAACAUAGUAAGUUAAUGGACAGGAAAUGGUUUUGGUUAUCAUCCAAAAUUUUUUAAUUCUGAACUACUGUCAGUGAAAAUUCAUAGCUUUAAUUAUCAGGAUGGUUUUUAUCUUUUAUUUCAAGGUCUUAAUUGCCUCUCUUAUUACACUUCUUUCUGCUUCGAUGCCACUUUCUCUGUCCCAGCACAGUUUUUUUGGAGGCGUUCUAUCAGUAAAAAAAAAAGUGGUUUCUUUUUUUUUCUCAAUUUUAAAAUUUGCCCUAUCAUUCCCCCCUGUCAGAUGCACUCCUCAUUUAUGGUUGUUUCUAGUUUUGAAGGUUAUUUGCUUUUUCACUUGGCAGACGUAAAUAAUUGAUGUCCUCUGGUUUGUUGUGAUGAGAAAAGAUAAUGAUUCUGUAAGACUGGGCAUUGCCAUUGGCCUUCCCCUUGGGUGUGGUGGAAACAGUCUUUGUGCCUAAGUCGACACUUUCUGUUAUUUGCAGAGUCUCCACCGUGGAAGGGCAGUUGAUAGGGCAACUUCACCUUUGAGAACAAGGGAUCCCUCCCCAGAUGAUUUGCAACUGUUUUCUUCCUCUGUUGGAUGCCAAACAAACUUUGAGAAAGUUGAACAUCCAAAGAUGGUGUCUUCAUUAAGCCAGACCGAUGAAGAAGUUAUACCACCCAAGAUAUUAGUGUCUAUUGCUUGUCAGACGGAGUUUGUCCUGCCAGUUGAGGCGCGGCCACAAGCGCGAGCAGCUCCACAAUCGUCCUAUGUGUCACAAAGACAAGAAAUGGCCAGGCCAAAUCUUCAAGCCACAGCACCCCUGCAACAUCUAAAUUUCUCACCCAGCACACAAGCGUCAAAUGUGUUUCACACUGCAUUCAUUCCAACUGGUCAGUUUUACCCAUUACCGCCAGAACUGCAAUUCCAGCAAGCUUCAUCUUUUCAAGCAAGGCAACAAGGACAUUCUUCAGCCCAGGUUUUUGGAAAUCGGCCUCGUGCUUCAGUUGCUACUUCAGUGCAGCAAACCACCACAACAGGCUACCAAGUAUUACCAUCACUAGAAAGGCAGACAGUUACCACUCAAGGCCUUGCACGUCCCACAUUGAAUGCCCUCCUCUCUGCUUAUAAUACGUCUGCUUAUAAUCCAAGCCAACAAAGACAUUCUCUGGGACAUCCUGUGCAAACAAGUGCGCAGCGUGCUCAGACAUCCCAUCAGAGAACUCAGUUUGAUGGAUUUGCGCAGGCUAGUGGUAGACAUCUCUAUUCUGCUCCUCAACAGAACAAUCGAACCAGCUCUUUGCAGCAAGUUGCAAAUUCCCAGGGUGCUGUACAGUCAAGGGUGAUUACAGAAAUUGAGCAACGUAGAGUAAACCAAACACAAAUUCAGCUUCCAGCUGUAGGAAAUCAGACAACUAGAAUUUCUGCGCAGCCAAACGCAAUGGCCUUACAACAUGGCAAUUCUCAACAACUUUCUUCCAGGCUAGUUUCUCAACCUCAAAAUCAAGGAAUUUCAGAGGGUCGGAUUCUCAGAAACACCAUACGGCCUAUACCUCAUUAUCAGCAAGGAAACGCGUCAUCAAACCAAUCGGCAGUCCAUGCGAUAACCAUGCAACAGUCAGUUUCGCAGCCUUUGGGAUUACAAACACUUAUGUUUGCUCAAGCAGACUCAGCUAGACCUCAAACCUGUCAAUCAGUAAAUCUGAAUGCAUCAAUGAUUCAGCCGGUUCAACGGUCUAUUUCUCAGGCUAGGACAGUAAGUGUACCGCUGUUGCAUAACACAAGAAAUCCUGUUCCAGUGCCUCAAAGUCAAGCAAGAAACUUGAGUGCCCCUGUCAAUCAGACCACAGUGACUACCCAACAUGCUGCACAAUUGCUUCCAGUGCAACAAUCAGUUCAAGCUCAAUCAUCAAACACGUACAAUUUUACAGUCAGACGGUUAACCCAGGCAACUGCAGAAAGGAAUACACAGGUACCUGAAAAUGACUUGAGAGUGCAACCAAGCGUACAGUCUCAAAGCCUCUUUGAUGAGAUCCGACGUGUAUAUAGUGAAUUGCAACAAAGCCUGGACGACGUCACUGCUAAAAAACAAAAGGAGAAAAAUACUGAAAAAGCAAAUGUAACAGUCGCUGUACCCGCUGCUGUUGCCACUCAACGGACAGCUGAUUACGUCACCUCCGCGGAAGAGUUAUCAAGUGUUAGGUCAGAAGAUCCCCUCAUCAGCCAGGGACAUAAGUUGGAUAAGGCACAUACAAGAACUUCUGGUGCUUCUGCUGGUUUGCACAUCGAAGGUGACGUAGCACCAGAAAGCAGGAAAGCCAGACAAGAAAACAAUCCUUUGUUAAGUAAGAAAGAUCGUCACAGGAACCCUGCCAAAACACCUAGUGGAGCCCUAGAAAAUACUGUACAGCGAUUAUUGGCCCAUCAAAACAGCACUUUAUCAAAACAUCAUGCCAGUCCCAAAACUAGUUCUAGUUAUGUUUCGGACUUAUUCGAUGGUAUUCCUCCAGUAGAAUCACAGCCGUCAGAAACAGGCACCAGUGGCAAAAAUGAGAACCAACCAGGUUGUGAAAGUGAAGGUGUUUUUUCGGGGAAGUCAAAAGCUGAUAAAGUGGAGGUAGAUUCUGUAGAUGACAAUAAGGAAACCAAUAAAGAGGAGCUUGAUUGUCGAGUAAAUUCCUCCGAUGAGAGGCAACCAAUUUCGGAAAUAACAUCUUUGGCCGAUGAGAGAGGGAAGGAAACUGGGGCUUCUUUGGCCUCUGAAGAAGUUAAUGAGGUAGUGCCAAUUUCUGGUGCAGGCGUCGAAGGACAGAGAAGUAGUAAUUCAGAUAGUAUGUUUAUUGCUCCAUCAGCUCCUCCUAAUAGAAAGAGUGACGUUGAGAAAGACAAAGACGAUAUUUACAUACAACUUAUGUCUCCUGUUAUACCCCAUGGAUUUGUUAGGCACAGGAAAGACAGUGAUUCUGAUAAUGUAUUUGUUGUUCCAUCAUCCCCUGUUAAAACAAGGAACGAUAGUGAGAAGAUCAAAGACGACCUAUACGUCAAUCUCAUGUCUCCAAUCAUACCUGUUUCACCACCACCCACAGCAAAGCGUCGAUCACAUAUUUCUCAACAUUACUGUGAGGAAAGUGAGACCACUCGAAGAAAAUCGCUAGGUGAAGAGCAAGACAGUGAUCCUUCUCUACAGAAAAUAGAGAGUGCAGACAAAGUCAUCAGUGAUAAUCCCAACCAAACAGAAAUAGGAGAGACAGACUACACCAGCAGUCCUGGCCCUCAAAGUACACAGAUACAACAAAGUGCGAGGAACCGAGAGGAGGGUCCUGAACUUCUAACGACUGAAGAAGAAGGCACUGUCGACGAAAAUAGGAUAAUAGAUGCAGAAAUUGAGUUGCCUGUAGCAGAAACGCAAGGGGGAAGUACUGACACUGACAAGGUUAAAGUAGCCGAAGCUGAAAUUUAUGAAGAAAGGAGGCCUGCAUCAGAGACAGGACAGGAGUUUCAUGUCACCUUUCCAAAUAAAGAUAUGGAAGUUGUUCGGAGUGUGGGAGGAACAGAUGACGAAAAUCACGUGGUGAAUAGCGUUGACCCUCAUAGACAAAAUGACUGUAGCUUUGUAUGCAGUGGCGUGGAAGAAGAACAUUCUGAAGAAUCUAGACACAAAGUGGGUGAAAGUGCAGAAGAGAAUGUAGGAGCUAAUCAAGGUGUAAGUGAUAAACACCUGGCUGUGGGUUGUGUCGACGCUUGUGCAGAGAAUGAUUCUCAACUUGCACCCGGUUUGGUAGCUACCAAGGAUUCUGUAGAAAGCGAAGACAAAACUAGUGAAGGGAUGGAGACAGAUGUAAUACCUGAUCUCAGUUCCCCUCAGAAUGUAGUGAGAAUGCAAGAUUCUUUGAACACUGGAUGCAGUCAGGAAGAGGAAAUGGAAACUGGUGCCAAACACACAAGAAGAGUCAAUACACAAGAGACUAGUCAAAAUGCAGGCAAUGUUGAUCCUGUUGGAAAGGAUAAUUUUGUUGAAGAAAUGGAGAUGGAUUCAAUACCUGAACUCAGAUCCACUCAGUCUGGAUGCGGUACCAAUGAAGAGGUGGAAACUUGUGUCAAGCAUACUGGAGGUGUCGGUACUGAGAAGGCACAAGAGACUACUCAAAAUGCAAGAAAUGUUGACGCUGUUGAAGAGAUAGAGACGAAUGCAACACAUGAACUCAGUUCCUCUCAGAGUGUAGCAAUACUGGAAGAGACCUGGAAGCCUGGAUGCAGUCACGAGGAAGAAGUGGAGACUAGUGUCAUGCACAGUAGUAAUGCAGACUCUCAGAAGACACAAGAGCCUAUUGAAAAUGCAGGCAAUAUUGAUUCUGUUGCUGAGGAUAAUGUGGCCCUCAACAAUGGAUUACUUACAACUACUGAAGGAAACAGCGGCAUGGAAGAGAGCGCCGUGCUUUCUUCUAGUAAAUGCUUAACUGAAGACAACAGUGACGGUUUAAAUGAGCAACAAUUUAGUGGGAUAACCAAAGGAAUUAGCAAACAAGACCAUUUUUAUUAUCGGUGCCAUGACUCUUCAGCUAUAAAAGAAGUAAAUUCUCUACUUGUAGAGAAACUUCCUAAUGAAAUGAAAAACCAACCUUUAGAAAGUAGACAAGAGCCAAAACAGAGUCUUGUAAAUGGCAUCGACAUUACAGGAAUACUGGUCUCUUCUAACAAAAACCAUGAUCAGAAUGAAAAAGAAAAUGCUGUCAAAUCUGAUUCUUCACAACAGCAUUUAAUUGAUGGUUCAACUUUACCAGUACCUAGGAUUGCUGUACGUUCAGUGGAUAACGACCUUAUGAUAAUGUGGGACUUACCUGACAAUGACAAAAUUUCUGGGAUAGAGUACUUUGAGUUAUAUUCAUGGAGCCGAGGUGGGCAGUGGCGUAAAAUUUCGAAAGUCAAAGCUCUUCGACUUCCUAUGGGUUGUACACUUAAAAACUUAGCACCUGGAAAAAUGUUCCGGUUCCGUGUUCGCGCACUGUCUCAUGGUGGAGUAGUUGGGCCAUUCAGUGAGCCAUCCUCUUUUAUGUCCUUAUAGCUGUGGCUCAAGUUGCUCGAAAGACGGUUAAUUUUAACCCGGGGUUAAGGCAAGUGUUGAACACAUUUCGCCUUUAAGAAUACAGCUAUUUUGAGAAAGUUUGCCGGAAAAAGUUCACGCGACAAUCCUGAAAGGCAUUUUGGGUGGUUUUGAGUUCACUGUUUUUCAAAGAAAUUUGAAAGAAUGACACGGUAGGCCAUAGACGUAGUUUUCCAGUUUUAACGGAAAGCGACAAAUAUAGGUUCGACAGCUGCAGGGUCAGGAACAGUUAUUGAUCAUAUCCCAUGUUGCCUUUCGGGAUUGUCGCGUGCAUAUUUUUUCCGACAACAUUUCUCGAGCUGUAUGUAAGUGACGGCGUUACUUCACGAGACAAUUGCGUGAACCGAAAAUGAUAUUAUACAACAUUCACGUAAGAGUAAACUAAGUCGUGGCUUAAGUGUUAAACCCUGGAUUAGUGCUAACCAUUCUUCGAGCAACUGAACAUUGGGAUUUUAAAGUAGUUUACGUGGCAUCUGGGGUCGUUGCCAAGACCACAUUAAACAGUUUCCGCGUAAUUUUAGUUUUAAUUGUAUAUACGUAGUUAAUAAUACAUUUCAUAUUGGAUUUAUAAACUCAUCGGGCGAUUCGAUAAUUGUAAUGUUUGUUAUAGUUAAGUUCAAGGCCAUUUUAAGUGCUCAUUGUGGUGUACACGUAACACAUUUUCAGCUUGAAAACGGUGCCUGAUCGGAAAGGAAAUUUGUCUGUUGGCGCGAAAAACACUAAAACAAAUUCAAGUCUCUUUCUCAGGGUAACAAAAGGUAAGGAAUGAUAUACGUUACCGUUUAGAAUCACAAGGAAGAUCAAAGGACGAGAAAACAGGAAUGAACCGGAUUUCGUAAAGUUAAAACGUGGUUGUCAAAGUUGAUAAAAUGCCCUGGGAAAAAUGAAAGUCUACAUCGGAGAAAAGUCAAAACGAAUUAAAGCUUCUGGGAAAAUUAACAUCACAACGCGAAACCUUCCUUUUGAGAUGGUAAACUCUAAAAUUUCACAGGAGAAAAAAGGAUGAAAAGUGGAAAGAAUGGCUUAAGGGGGAGGCAGCGGUGUACUUCUGUACCUUAUAUUUUGUAUCAAGAUUGUGUUUUGUCAUGAAAAGGUAAAGGAAUUUUGAAAACUAAUGCCAGGAGCAACCGUGUUGAAAACAGCAUUUUUUCACUUUGGGACGUUGUUUCUGCAUUAGGAUUGAAAAUUUUGUUUUCUUGUGUGUGCCUUGCAGGCGUUGAAGGCCAUUUGCAAACAGCCUUAACCACACGUACAAUAUUUUGUCUUCUCUACAAUCUUGAUAUAUGUGUUGUAGUUAUUUUUAUUAUUUCAGGUAAUUUUUAUUUUUCCUUUCGUUCAACUUCAUUAGCAUACAUUACCAUACCCAAAAACGAAAGAAACGCAAAAAUUACCGAGAUAAAAACUAACUACAACACAUGUCUUCAGACUUGUCUGUGUUUUACAAAUCUUGUUAAAUGUGUUUGCUCUGUUUGUUAUUAAAAAAAAAUACCCCCCAGCUUUUUUUAUUAAGGGGAUUUUUGUACUGUCAUUUCAAAAAUAUCAUUUUCCGUG